AGGGGCCCCGGUCUGUGCGGACCCCGAGAUGCUCGAGGAUCCCCUGGGGGCGACAGAGCGUGACGCUCAGGUGCUGCCCUCGGGUCCCACUUGGGUGAAGUUUCCGGGCCGGGGCCCGCCUCCGCGCUCACCCAGGCUCGGCCCCUUCCUGCCACCGCCCCUCCUCCGGUGAUUGGCGCCGGGGCUCGGGCUCCGCGGGUCCAGGGGAGGGGGAGGCCGCGGGUCCCCACCGCGCAGGCCUGGCGGCGCCGCGCCUCCUCCCUCCGCAGGUCCCGCUCCCGGGACAGAGAAACCCGAACCGGCGGGAGGGCGGGAGGGCGGAGCCGGCGGAGGCCUCCAGGACAAAUGGCAGCCGCUCCUCGGCGAGCCGGCUCGUUGGUCUAGGGGUAUGAUUCUCGCUUUGGGUGCGAGAGGUCCCGGGUUCAAAUCCCGGACGAGCCCACUUUUUCCCCCUCCCGCGACCCGAGGCUUCCUCCCGGAGCGGAGCCGGGACCGCCGGGCGCGGGACGAGCGAAGAUGGUCGGUGUGUGCCCCGCGGUCUCCAAUCCCGCGACCGGGAAACAUGGCUGCGAAUACCUUUUUGCUUUGGGUGUGAAAGGUUAUAAAUUCAAAUCUGGAGGAGCCACGUUUCCAAACGCCCUUUUCCUUCCUGGGGGGCUGUCCGCAGGGAAGGAAGGACCCCGCAGCGGAAGGCUGGGGGGAGGGGGGGCGCCGAGGGCAGGAGCUCCUCCGGUCUCCGAGGCUGCGCUCCGGCAUGGGGCGUCUUUUCUUCUCGCUGAAGGACUGCAGUGCUUCCUUACUCAGAUCUGAUGAGACCACCAGCUCCGGCCAUUGAAAAGACGGCCUGUUACUCACAGCUCCCAAGCCCUGGGGACACGCGGCCUCAGGGGGAGCACCAGGCUCCCCACUGGGGAAUGAGCCCCAAACCAGAGCCAGCAGGUCUGGCUCAUUUUCUUUCCUAACCUUCACGAGGUGCAAAGAAACAUCCGUCUCCAAUCGUGGGAGUCCUAGAAGGUGCGUCUUUCAGCGGAUGCUGACAUUUUUUGGCGACGGAAACCACCCUGGGGCCCGGCGCGGCGUGGAGAACCAGCACCGCCCCACUCAGGUCCCGGCCCCACUCCAGCUCCGCGGCACCUUGUCCCACAAAUGCCCUUGGGCUGGGACCCAGGACCCUCCAGGAGAGACAGGCCGCACCCCUCAAAUUCCGGGCGCCCGGCUGCGCACCCAGCGACCCCAGACCUCAAACCGGUUCAACCGAGCGCUCAGCGCCCAGGCCCGUGCGAGCCGGCGGGGAAGCGGCCGGAUGCACAACCCCGGCAGCUCCGGUGUCAGCUACUGUCCCGCUGCUGUCGGGGCAGAAGCCCCACCUCCGUUCUCCGUUCUCCGUUCUCCGUUCUCCGUCCCCUCCGGUUGCAGCGUUGGAACUUCAGCAACCAAGGCAUCCGAGGCCCCAGGACAAAGGCCAGAGAGCCUGGCCGGCUCAGCCUGUCAUAUGAGAGUCGUGGGCUCAAUACGCGCCCCUCCUUGGGCUUUCCCAGGCUCCUCAACAGCUAAUCUGCUUAGCGAUCUUCGCAAGAAGAGCUCCGGCUCCUCCUCGGCACCACACUUGGGGUCCAGACCAAACUGGAACCCAUCAUAUAAAAGGACGCAGGUGACACCCCAAGAUGUGCCCUCCUGGCCUUUUCCAGACAAGCUGUAUGCAGACCCACAGGAGCAAGCCACCGUCCCCCUCCCCGUCAGGAGGAAGCCAGGAGCCCCAGUGACAGUGAGGACAAUGCAGGGAAUAAGGAACAGACCUGUUUAACACUAAACCUGACCCCGAUUUCUGGGGCCUUCUGCCCUCCCUCCCCAAGUGCAGGCAGUCUCAUCCCCUCCUUGUCCACCGUCCCAGCUCCAGCAUGUAGGAGAUCCUUCCAGCUGUAGGAGACCCUGUCCCUGAUCACAGCUACUGAGGUCCCCUGGACAGGUUGGCACUCGCUAUAUCCCCAGCCCAAGGCCUGGCUCAGUCAGUGACUUACAGAAGAAUGGAUGGCUCCGGCCCCCACAGAACCAGGGGGUAAAACCAUUUUCCUCCAUGAAAGGGAGAGAGAGAGGUAAAGAAACUGACCUUGACGGACAUGUUAAUCUAGGGCUACUACUCUCUGGGCUUUGGGAGUGAGAGGCCCUGGAUUCAGGUCCCUGACAAGCCCUUUCCUUACACCAGGGCAUGUUUGUAGUGUGUAUGCCACGGCGGACCCUUUAUUUUACGAUGAAAAAAAGGACACAUAUGUAAUACCUUUUGUAACACUUUAAGCAAUAAAACAAUAAAAAAAAAUUGUGACUAAAAAAAAAAAAAGAGGGGUUGAUAAUGGAGAUGGUGGAGAGAGGAGGUUCUUGGUGCCUGAUCCCGCCCCAACCCCCCAGUUUUCAGAUCCCACUUUAGGACACUGUAGACAUACAGAGCUAACUCCUGUCCCAGAGCCCUGUACCCAAACUUUCUUGCACAGGCUCCAUCCCUGAACCCCAGUCCCUGGAGAACUCAGUGCUUCCUGGAGAAAUCUGGCCUGGGAAAUUCCCAUGGCCAAUUGGUUUGUGGCCUGGGGUCUUGAGCCUCCCCCUAGGUGUGAAAGGUCCAGGACACAAAUCCUGGGCAGUCCUUUUAGGGAUGGAGGAGGGUUGCAGGACUAGGCUCCUCAAUUCCCAACCAGGACUCCACAAAUCCAGACCUACAAUGCUUGGACUCUCAAGGGCCUCAGUUUACUCAUCUGUAAAGUGGGGAUACCAGCAGGUCAGGCCUCAAAAACUUAUUUGGGAUAUUAAAACUUAUUUUUUGGGAUAUUAAAACUUUCAACAGUGCCUCAAGACUAUAACAUGAACUCCUGAGUUUCCAGCCUGCCUCCCCACCCCAGUCCCAAUCCUUCAGCUGGUCCGGUGGAAGCCAGGUUUUCUCUCCAAGGCCCCACCCACCUCCCUGCCUCACACUCUCCUGACUGGCUUUGGGCAGGAAACGGAACAGUCUCUUGUUCAAAAUGGGAAGAUCCUGGCUCUGUGUCAAUCCCUCCAAAGAAGCUGGAUUCUGCGGGCCUGCUCCCACUAGGAAGGAUUCGAGUCUGAGUUCAGCAAAAUCUUUCGAGGGCCAAAACCGGUUUGGCUCAGUGGAUAGAGCGUUGGCCUGCGGACUGAAGGGUCCCAGGUUCGGUUCCGGUCAAGGGCAUGUAC